UCUUAUUAAUCAUAGAAAAUGGAGUCCACCCCAGUUAAGCUCUAUGUUGAUGAUGGCAGCCAGCCUUCCAGAGCAUGCAUGAUCUUCUGUGAGAUGAACAACAUUCCUUAUGAGAAGGUCGAGACGAGGAUUCUGAAAGCACAGCACAAGACUGAAGAAUUUAAGAAGAUUAAUCCCUUAGGACAGGUCCCUGUAUUGCAGGAUGGAGAACAUUAUUUUAGAGAGAGCCAUGCUAUUUUGAAGUAUCUCCACUCAACUAGAAAUUGUCCAGAUCAUUGGUACCCUUCAGAUGCAAUAAAGAGAGCCAGAGUAGAUGAGCUCCUUGAUUGGCAUCAUUGUUUCCUCAGACAAGGAGCUGGGAAUACGGUUUUCAAGACUUUAUUCGGACCUAAAAUCGGAAUGAAAUUUUCUGAGGGAGAAAUAGAAUGGCACAAGACCAUCCUUUCAUAUUCUUUACACAUGCUAGAUUCAAAAUUCCUUGGAAACCAUAAGUUCUUACUUAGCGAUGAAUUGACUAUUGCUGACCUAUCAAUUUUCUGUGAAUUAACAAGCCUAGGCUUCCUUUCAAUGGAUUUUUCUGAAUAUCCCAAUAUCAAGACUUGGUACAGUGCAAUAGACAGCAUUGAAGAAGUUAGCAAAGUUUGUAAGCCUGUUAAGAAGUUCAUAAAGAUGUUCAAUAACCAACUGAAAGCUAAAAUCUAA